UAUUAAUAUUAAUAUUUUAACGUAUAUAUAAUGAAAAUAUCGAACGGUUAUUAAUAAGAACUAGUAAUGGAUCAUCAUUUUCUGUCAACUUCUUCAAAACCAGCACCGAGUAGAACGACGAAAGCGUUAGAGAUAACGAAACGAUACGUGUCGAGAUGCUGUCAAUCAAGCAUCUGUACCGCUCUCCUCCUCCUCAUCUUCUUCCUCAUCGCCAUCUUCGUAGUUUACUCAGGUAUCACCAGCUGGUCCGGUGACAAGAAAUCUCGAAACGGUUUCGGUAAUCGAAGUCGAGUAGCAGGGAUGUUCUGGUUAUUCGACGAUAACGACGAUAACGAUUCUAACGAGGCGAGAUUCUGUAGCUUUGAUGAAGAAAUGAUAUCGAAUAAUGUUUUCAGCGCUGAAUGGGUCAACGAAACCGACGAUACCAACCGACAAUGCCAAACGAAUAACCGACUUGAUUUAUUUUAUUCGGAUCGAGGUCUCGUUGUUUUAAAUCGGAGCAACCUGCUGCCGAACGAGACGUUGAACUGGUGCGAGUUCACCGGUAUCGAUUGGUUGAGCGACGAUGAGUUUAGCCUCACCCAGCCUCACUUUCAACAAUACGAUGUUGAUAAUGAUGUCGCUGGUAACGAUACUGAUGGCCAUAUGGAUAGUUUGGAUAUAUUACAAGACUUCAUAAGUAUCUACUGCCAGUUAACUGUGAAGAAGACCUCUCAAGAACUGGAUCACAAUGAUGAUUUCGCAGACGAAACAACCAGUGAAAAACGAACGUACCACCAAAUCCUAGUUCAAGCGUCCGAAACAGAGAAAGCCAUAGAUUCCCUUUCACACAUCGUGAGACCAGCAACCAACCAUACCUACUACAACAUCUUAGUUCUAGCUAUUAAUACGCUAUCUCAAGUAGCGUAUAAGUCGAGUUUUAAAAACUUAGCUAAGUUCGCUAGUAGUAGAGAUAGCUAUAUUUUGAAUGGCUAUAACGCAGUUGGCAGAUCGGCUGAGGCAGCGCUUUUUCCGUUUUUGACUGGAAUGAAAGAAAGUGAACUGCCGAACCUAAAGAAAGAGAGCAAGUAUUCGCAAUACUUGAACGCCUUACCGUUUCUAUGGAAUUACUACCACCAACACGGUUACGUAACCUUCUUCAGUGAAGACCAAGGAGGCCAUGCACCCUUUCAGAAACAUUUCCACGGAUUUGAAGAACCUCCGACAAACCAUUACAUGAGAUCAUUCUGGCUGGCCGUGGAGAGGGAUGAAUACGAACUCGGAUCCAGCGACGCCACAGAUUUCUGUUUCGGUUCCAAGCUCAAACACCAGUACACGCUCGAAUACAUGGAGAGCUUCUUCAAUCAGUAUGAAAAUAAGUCGACGUUUGCCUUUGCCUACAUCAGCGAAUUCGAAAAGACGAAAAAAAUUGACAAAGAUGUAGCCGCAUUUCUGCAAAACCUUCAGAACCGUCAGCAACUGGACGAGACAAUCGUCAUCGUCGUCGGCGACCACGGGCCAGACACAGGUCCAGACAGAUCCACACAGCUGUCUGGUCUGCUAGACGAACGUCUGCCACUUGCUCUUGUCUCAUUUCCAGACAAAUUUAAAUUUGAACAUCCAAAUUUGUUGAUGAGUUUCUCAAAAAAUGUCGACAAAAUGACCACCUCCUUUGAUUUCUACGAAAGUCUGCGAACGUUGAUUGACAUAACUGAAAAUAAGCAUGUACUCCUGAAAAACCCCAAAAAACGUGGGGGCGCGAGUUUAUUCCACCCCAUCCCACUGGAAAGAACCUGCAAAUCAGCAAAUGUUGACUCACACUUCUGCGCAUGCGUCAAAUUUGACACAAAAACUAACGUAAGUGACGUUGUUAUCAACAAUACGGCCCUACACUUAGUCAACCACCUGAAUAGGGUCAUCCACGAAAGGGAUGGCAACGAGGUGUGCAGUACCCUGACCCUGAAAAAGGUCAUUUCUGCCAAAUAUGUCAUUCCUAAUGACAGAGUAAGUGCCAGUUCAAUCACUGACAGCAAAAAAGGAUGGCUCGCCGAUAAUUUCGUCAGCAAUUAUCCGAAAUCGACGAGACCGUACCUCCAAGUAACAUUCGAAACCGAACCCGGAGGUGGUAUAUUCGAAGGAACCGUUUCUACCGACCGACACAUACUUAGCGGGGAAGUCAGUCGGUUAAACGAGUACAAAGAAAAGUCGAAAUGUGUGGCCGAAUACGCCCCCAGCCUAAUGAGAUAUUGCCAUUGUAGGGAGAAUACCUAAUUAUGAAUUAUUAUUAUUAUUACUAUUAUUAUUAUUAUUGAUGUUGUUGUAACUGUGAUUUAUUUUUUUCUUAUUUUUAAAUUAAUUUUAAUUCGAUUAAAUUUUCUUUGCGUAACAAAUUUCCUGAAAGUUGUACAAAUCCCAUUCAAAAACCUUUUUAUUAAUUUAUUUACGCCGAAAAAUUGCAUUUAUAAGAACAUUUUAUGAAAAUUAAAUCAAUUAUGAAAUAAAGAAUAAUAAAAGUAAUAAUAACUAUUA